CUCAUUUGCAAAAACAAAUACAUUCUUCCUGCAUAUAGCACGAGGGCUCAAUAAGCUUUUUUUCAGAUCCUUCAUUUGUCACUCAUCUAAGCAGCUAUGGAGAAAUUGAUGAUGAUGAGGUCUAUCUAUCGUUCUAUCGCACGUAGAUCUUUAGCUUUCACCGCCACCGCCGCCGUCACCACCAACCACCACUGCGUCCGCCGUGAAAUCCACCACUUGCGGCACUCUCCGGCGUCGAUGCUUUCCAGCAACCAUUCCUCUUUUGCAAUGGGAAUUGGAAGCACACGUUGUUUCAGUGAUGGCUUGACACACUUACCAGACAUAAAAGACGGUGAUAUCAAGCUUGCUUUUAAGGAACUUAUGGCUGUAAACUGGGAUGAAUUACCAGACACUGUUGUUAAUAAAACCAAACGAGCACUGUCUAAAAACACCGAAGACAAGACUAGUCAAGAGGCUUUAGCCAACCUUUUACGGGCUGCAGAGGCGGUUGAAGAGUUCAGUGGGUUUCUUGUGACUUUGAAAAUGGAAAUCGAUGAUAGUGUUGGGAUGAGUGGCGAGAAUGUGAAACCUUUGACCGAUGAAGUUGCUAAUGCACUAAGUGUAGCGUUUGGGCGUUAUUAUGCAUACUUGGACUCUUUUGGAGCCGAUGAGGGGUAUUUGCGGAAGAAAGUUGAGAAUGAGUUGGGGAUGAAACUGAUACAUCUUAAAAUGAGAUGCAGUGGUCUUGGUGGUGAUUGGGGAAAGGUGACUGUUCUUGGAACAUCUGGACUUUCUGGUUCUUAUAUCGAGCACAGAGCGUAAAUCUGGUCUGGCAGAACCUUGUUUGUUGUUUCAGAAACGUUGUUCAUAUAGGUUGUUUUCUUACUGUGUCUUAUUGACUUAUUUGGUUUUUAACCAACGUAGGUUUGGUUGGAUAUUGGUCUCAGCUCAUCAACCAAAUAAUAACAGACCAACCAGAUGUUGGAGCUGGUGUUUUGAUUAAACUUGUAGUCAUUUCACAUUGAGAUCUAUAAGAAAUAACGGCACCUUUGAACUCGUUUCAGUAUGCCUUGGU